UCGAACGUAUCGCCCGUCGCGUACUCUUCCGUUCGAGUAGCUUGUGAGAUUUUUUUUCAGUUGCUGCAAGAUGUUUACUCGGGCAAAUGGUGCACAAUUAGCCGAGGCUACCGAUAAUCCCGCCCUUGGAAGCAUCAUGAAACCGGCAAGGAAGCUCCAUUAACUGAAAGGUCCAUCAUAGGGGAUACCAUGGAGGAUGAGGAACGUCUCGAAGGUGAGGAGGAAAUGGAGCUCGACGAAGCAUCCGAUGGAGAAGACGAAGAUGAAGAAACUACAGGAAUCCCCGUCUCUCCAGCCAACUCGGAUCAACUACUCGGAACAGCAACAACUCCUGUGACACCGGAAGAAGGUUUCCAUGAUUCCCUGCGCUACCAGAAGUUUUCUCUACCUGGGGGGAAGCCGUUGAACAUCCGAAGAAAUCGCGGAAGGCCUCGGAAAGAGCGUCCCCCGGGAACUGUUCGUGGAGGAAGUUCUCGCAGACCCUUCGGAAGAGGGACGUCAAGGAGUAAAGGCCUUGGGUACACGAGAGGUGUUCCGCGGCGCACCAAAAGUAAGGACGACGAUACGCACUCAGAGUCUCCGAGUCCCUUAAGAAUUAGUGAAGAUGUAACACCUGACGGAGAGUCGUCUGGGGCAGAUCGAUCUAUGCCGGCUCCGGAAGAACCACCUUAUUGCCCGGAACAAUGGCCAGGAAAGGUGUGCUCAUUUUGCAAUUUGGGAGAACGAAGUCAGCUGGGCCAGGGCGAGUUGCUGAGAUUCGCGUGUCCCGAAGGCUUUACUCCAGAAAAAAAUGUUAACCGCGAGGAGACACCUGAUCAUCUUGUCGAUGUAUCAUCAACUGGUGAUAAAAGUCCUCGAGCCAGUGGAGCCGGAGCCGUCACGUGUCGUAGGCAAAAGAGUCUAGCUAAGUGCAGGAAUGCUAGUCUUACAAAUUUCACGGAGCCAAUUGAAGAGUUAACUAUAGUUGGAUUUUCGGACGAGCCAGAAAUAGGAACAUUGUUUGAAUCAACGGGACAUUAUUAUGUUCAUCACUUUUGCGCAGUUUGGUCGAGUAAUUCUCAGGAACUUACAACUGAGAUCGUUAGUCCAGCGGUGGUGCAGGCGUCGUCCCGUAGGUGUGCUUAUUGCUCCCAUUAUGGAGCUGGAAUCCCUUGCAAAGUGGGAUCGUGCAAUCGUUAUUUUCAUUUACCAUGCGCAGCAGCAUCUAGUUGUUUUCAAGACAUCAAAACCUUAUCUUUAUUUUGCAGUCAACACUUGGGCCAAGUUCCCCUGUUACUAAAUGGAGAAGUAACUUGUAUGCAGUGCUACGGAAUGGGAGAUGUUUCGAACUUGGUCAUGUGUUCGAUCUGCGGCCAACACUAUCACGGUAGUUGCGUUGGCUUAGCAUUAUUACCAGGCGUAAGGGCUGGUUGGCAGUGUGCACAGUGUCGUAUUUGUCAAGUGUGCCGGCAGCCUGAAGAUGUAACGAAGGUGAUGGUAUGCGAACGGUGCGACAAAGCGUACCAUCCUAAUUGCUUGCGGCCAAUCGUAACUUCGAUACCGAAGUACGGAUGGAAGUGCAAAUGCUGUCGAGUGUGCACGGAUUGCGGGUCACGUACACCAGGUGCUGGCCUGUCCUCGCGGUGGCACUCUCAUUACACGGUAUGUGAUUCGUGUUAUCAACAACGAAAUAAGGGCUCCUUCUGCCCGCUUUGUCGGAAGGCAUAUCGCGCCGCAGCGUACAGGGAGAUGGUAAAGUGCAGCACUUGCACGAAAUUUGUUCACGGCACUUGCGACCCCGAUGCUGACCCGUUGACUUAUCAGCACCACAAGGAGGCAAAGCCGGAAUACGAAUACGUUUGCUUGCACUGCAAGAAUAUGGCACUUGUAAAACGUAAAGAUAGCGCCGACGAUUACGGUGGAGACUCCAGUUUAAAUGCAUCACAGGAUAGUUUAUACGGUGAUGGGGACUCGUCAGAGUUCGACUAUCAAGGUGGACCAGAAGAGUCAUUAUUUUCGAUAGGACUUGGUAAAGGAAAACCUUUUUGUGCCUCCAAAAUAGCCAAGAAAAGAUUAGGUCUUGGUGGAGUAGUUAAUCGCCCGAAGGGAGUUGGCAAAGUGGGCUAUCAGAAGCGACAGAAGAUGACGGAAUUCGGUAGAAAGAGAGGGCCUAAGGCCAAAAUGAGAGGAAUUUUUGGUGUCCCUGGAGUGGGAUUACAGAGACCAGUAUCGGACUCGUUUUCGAAAGAGGAAGAACCGGGCGUUGAGAACAGAUUAGUUUUGUGUUCCGCUAAAGAUAAAUUUGUGUUGACCCAGGACAUAUGUGUGAUGUGUGGGGCGAUCGGCACGGAUCAAGAAGGCUGCUUGAUCGCGUGUGCACAAUGCGGUCAAUGUUACCAUCCUUACUGCGCCAACGUUAAGGUAACCAAGGUGAUUCUGCAAAAAGGAUGGAGGUGUCUCGAUUGUACGGUAUGCGAGGGAUGCGGGGAAAGGAACGACGAGGGUCGUUUGAUACUCUGCGACGAUUGCGACAUCAGUUAUCACAUCUACUGUAUGGACCCUCCCUUAGAGUACGUUCCUCAUGGUACGUGGAAGUGCAAGUGGUGUGCCCAGUGUCAAACAUGUGGCGCGAACGAUCCAGGGUUUAACAGCAGUUGGCAGAAGAACUACACCCAAUGUGGACCGUGCGCCUCGCACACGAUUUGCACUUCUUGCCAGGAGCCGUACAGCGAAGGAGAUCUGAUCAUCCAAUGCGUUCUGUGCGAGAGGUGGCUGCACUGCGCCUGCGACUCCAUCAAAACGGAGGCAGAGGCCGAAAAGUGCGCCGAGGAGGGAUACAACUGCAUCAUAUGCCGGCCGAGAGAUGUACCUCCACCUCACAUGAUAUGCAACGUGCCUAAACCACAGCCGGUAAAGUGUCCUCGCUCACCGCCUCCGACCGUUCGCAGUCCCGAAGUGUUUAAGCCUUCUCCUCAGCAGUAUUUAGUCGACGGGGUCUACCUAUCCGAGGCAGGCAUGAAUCAUAUCAAGUCCCUGACGUUCGAGCAUCAGCAGACCAGGAAGAAGAGACGAAAGAUGCUCCCCGUCGUCGACAAGGAGGCCGACAUCAUGGCGACCAUCGAGUCGGUGGUGGCUGGCGGGAGCCUGGACAACUCCUUGGAAGAAAACGGGGGAAAGUUGGAGCUGAUCGACGUCAAGGACGAGCCUACCGAGGUUCUCAAGGAAGGGAUGAUUUGGACUGCCCGUGGGGAUCAACCUCCACCUGAAGGUUUCAGCAUUUAUACCACGGAGAACGGCGUGCCGAUGCUGAGGCGUAAGCGACAGCGCAAUCUCCAGAAGCUCGGUAUCGGCGGCUUCGUGGUUAGAUUGCGAGGAACCCGUAAGGACAAGGACGACGAGUGCGAGACGACGGAGAAACCUGCCGAAGGUGCGGUUAGCGUGGGGGACGACAACAAACCGCGCCGGAAGCCGCAGAGAAGAAAACCAAAGACAAAGCUCUCGGAGUGCUUUCCUGUCUACAUGCAAGAGGCCUUUUUCGGGAAAGAUCUUAUGGAGACGACCAAAGAUAAGGACCUCGAAAGUAGCAGCGAUUCCGACAGCGAGCGCAACGUGUCCGGUAACGCCGAUACCAUCCAGUUGUCCCAGGACGAGUUGAAAGCGAUUGAGCAAGUCAAGGCGAAGCAGGAGAAGGAGGAGGAGAAAAUCCCUGACGAAUCCCCCAUUAAGCGGGAGGAGAUUUUAGACGAGGAACGGAGCGACACCGAAGUACUGGACGAUUUACUACCUAUGUCUGGCGACUUGCUCGACAAUGACCUGGUCAACACCAUUAUGAACGAGCCUGACGAGGAGCUGGUCAAAACCAAGGUCCUGGACGAGUUGGACAUCACUCCGGGACCUAGCAGAGACGAACUCACGGAUAUAUUGAGCCCUCACUUCAAUAUAGAGUCGAUAGUCAGAGAUACAGGUUUACCAAACAUGGAUAGCAAAGAUGUAGAGGAAAUAUUUAAAGGAGUUCUUACGGACGAGUCCCAGGAAUCUCAAGAAUCGUCAGUGUUUCCUGUACAGACACAGCCGAUACACGCGUCUUCGUCGUCGACUCCUCUUAUAUCUCCUUCUCAACAUCCAGGUAUACAAGGUGGAUUGCCGUUGGGGCGACCUCAGGUGCCUGGAAGUCUACCUUCGGUUGGACAAUCAACUAUAAAUUCUCCAAUGAGUUUUCCACCGCCGUCUCCGUACCAUUCUGAAUACAGCAACAGUCCACAAUUUAGUCCAGCCUUUUCGGAACCGCCAAGUCCUUGGGUUAAUCCUGACGACGAAGGCUCGGCUCCAUCGGGGAGUGCGGCCAUCUCGUACAAUCAGAGAAGUAAUCUCAAGAUGGAAGCCGACGAAGCCUUAGGAACUGGUGCAACCAUAUCUUCAGUGCUUUAUGCGAACGUUAAUCACCCCGAAUGGAAAACGGAAUAUCCAGCUUGGUCCGAGCGGUGCAAGCAAAUAUUAAAAAAAUGGCGCGCCUUACCCAACGAAAAGAAAGCCCCAUAUCUCACGCAGGCUCGGGACAACAGAGCGGCGAUUCGAAUGAAAAAGACACAACAGAUACCCAAGGAUAUGCCAAGCACGAACCCAGUCACUGCAACAAACGCACCCACCAUCACGAGCAAACCCAUUACGACAGUGACCUCGGGCCAAGUGUCGCCGGUAAUAGCAAUGGCCGGGGGUCAAAAGCAAAUCGGACUUUUGGCCUCGGUGGGUUGCGCCGAUAAGUCGCAGCUGACCCAGCUGUCGCACGAGAAGCAGGGGCCGGGCGCGUCUACGGCGGGAGCGGCUGCUGCUGCUGCGGCUCCUGGAGGAGCCGGUCAUCUAGUUGCGGAGGAGCCGGAUAGGCUAACCAAUAGAGAUAGAUCUAGCAGGGAAGCUGAACAGGAACGGCAAUGGAAACAAUUGCAGGCUUUCCGGCAACAACAAGCGCAAAUUCAGCAACAAGUUAUUCAUGAACAUCGUGUACACGGUAUGGCCAGAGUUCACAAACAAAUAGAGGAUACUACACCUCAAAUGGCUGCGGAUAAUUCAUCAGGACUGACAACUCAGCUGCAAGUUUCAACGGCUCAGGAUGGAAAUCACAUGGGGCCGUUGGCGUCGCCGUCGCCUGGAUCUCGCGGGGCAUUCGCUACGCCGCCGAUAAAGGUUACGCGAGCAGUCGCCCCGCCGAGUCCUCUCCAGGGUAUUCCUCGGCUGCCGAACCAACCUUGCGGUACGGUGGUGCGUCCCGUCGGGGCCGCCGUGCGUCCCGGAAUGCCGACUACCUUUACGCAACCCCCCUCGCCAUUUUCCCCCCAGGCCCCCCAGUCGCCCCACGACUUCCCCCAGUCCCCGGCCUCCUCCCAGCCCCAGGACCACUUUCCGCGUUUCGAGGCCAACGAGGCUUUCUCUCAAGGUUCUCAAACCCCCAGGUCGCAGAUACCCGGCACUCCCACCUAUUCCACUUCGCCCAGAAACGACGUCUUCUCCCAGCCUCCUGGCACCCCGAGGCCGCUCUUCAACGCGCCCACCCCGAGACCUUCCACCCACGUCUACGCCCCCUCGAGAACUCCCGAUCCCUAUAGCGCCCAGCCUCCGACGCCCUCGGCCGCCCCGAGCUACGCCUCCCCCAGGCCCGAGUCCCGGUCGGACGUCCAGACCCCGGAGGUCUUCGCCCAGCAGCCCGAGGUCAAUCGACAGCUCCGCGACCUCCUGCAGCGGCAGCAGUUCAACAAGAAGAUGGAACCUCUCAACGCGGCUUGGACUGCAGAUGGGCAAGCAAAUGCCGAAGGGGGUCAGCAACAGUUUGAGACUGGUCAUGUGCAGCUUCCACAGCACACGGCAUCACCUGGUAACACUGGUGAAGGUACAUUCAGACAUCCUCUUCCACCCAGCAUCGUCAGACCGAGAAUGCCCAUUCAGCCGAACGUUUUGAUAAGGAAUCCUAUCGGGUUAAGUCCACGGCAUCCAGCAGCAGCAAGCAUCGAUGCUCGACUUCAGGGCAUCGACCCAAGGGCGAGAAUGCUUAUCCAACGUCAACCGGUAUCCGUUGGUGUACCUCAACAACACUUUCAGGCCAACCAAGUAUUACAACGACUGCCUACGCCUCGGAUGCCCCUUAACGAACCGUAUGAUAUUUUGCAGCAACAAAGGUUUACAGAAACUAACCCUGGACAAGGCCUGGGGCAACGAAUCGUGCGAGCGGCAGGACAGGACAGUAUUAACCAAGGAGUUCGGAUGCUGGCAAGUUCAGGGAUGCCCCGGGCGCGAAUUAUGCAGAGUGCAGUUAGCGACCUCAACACCGUGGCGCCCGAAACUUCAGAGAUACCGGACAACGUCACCGCCGAACUCGAGAAACUCGAACAGGAAGGUGCGCCGAUGGUGGAGGUCGAGGGCGUCAGUGCAAUUUUGGGAGAUUUGGGCGACGACGAUGACGAACUCCUAGCGGAGAUGGGUUCCGACUUCAACAUUUUGGAGUACGCCGAUCCCGAGCUGGACAACAUUACCGGUCGGGAGAAGACUAAUAUUCUCGACUUGGACCUGGAGCAAGUGGAAGUGGAAACUAAAGAGGAAAAGCAAAAGAAAGAGCCCAAGGAAGAACCGAAACCAGAGGACUUGGGCGGCACCACUACUAGUCAUGCCGAUAUUGGCCCAGCUAAUACAAUAAGUACUUCACAAGCUCCAACCGAGACGACCAACGUUCCCAGCCAGGCACAACCGAUACAGACAAUUGCAUCCUCAUCACAACCGCCCCAGCAACCAGCGGUUAUGAUACCCCAGUCGUCGCAUCCUCAGGCUGCCGUGGUGCAGCAACAGAUGCAUCAGCAGGUUCAGCAAGCUGCAGCAAUGGGAAGACCGAUGCCUCCGGGUACGCGUCUGUUAUCGCCAGAUGGCGCCAUCGGAGUUGUCACGUCUACCAACUCUGUCACAGUCAGCUACCCGUCGACGUUUCCGGGGCAUCCUCAGCGAAUACCCCAAACCCAUAUGCAGGUUCAACAGCAACAACCGCAACGACUUGGUAUGAGAGUGGCUGGUGUUUCCGGUGUCACCGCCGUUCCUGGCGUUGCUGGUGUUCCUGGAAGAGUGGUUUCAGUAAGCCAUAUGAUUGGACCACGAAUGCCAUUGGCACCACCUCCACCUCCACCUCCAUAUCCAGGGCCGCCACCGCCAUACCCUGGACCAAUGCAGAUGGGGCUGUGCCCGGGUGGGCGGGGUGUGGCGAGGCCCCCGGUCCAUAUAGGGCACCCGGUGCCGGUGGCGAGUACACCAAUGACACCUGUCGUUCUUGCCGGUGCUCCGACUAUGGCACCUCAUCCUCAUCGAAGACCCUUGCUUCUGCAGUCCUGUUCGCAGGAGCAACCGUUGCUGCUGGAAGAGCUGCUCGAACAGGAGAAACGAGAGCAGGAGAAGCAACAACAGCAACAACAACAGCAAGCCGACACUGCAGGCUCCGGUGGCGCCCUUCUCAGCGAUAGCGAGUUCGAGAGACUGCGAGCCGAUGUUCUGGGAUCUACUCCAAUUCCUUCUCCUCCUCAAGGGAUCGUGAACAUUCCCGGGAAUGUUCCCGUAAUUCGACCACCUUGUACCCCAAGGCCGCCAUCGGCACCGGGUUCGAAUUGGCCUCAGGGUCUUCCGGACGCGGCCAAACUUGCUGUUCAAACUCCCAGACAGCCUAUAGCCACGCAAACUCCUCCCGAACCGAGGGUGGCGACGUUUAAUAUUCCACCGUUACCAGCGCCACCAGUCCCACCGGAAAACAUCGUCACUGAACAAGAUCGUCAAGUGCAGUUGCAGUAUGAACAGUGGUUAAAUCAUCAACAUCAAAUCUUAUCGCAACAGCUGAAGUAUUACGAGACCGAAGUUCAGAAGUUACGAAAAAUUCGGAAGUCAUUGAACAGCAAGCAGCGGCAGCUUCGGAAGUCCGGGAACGAGCUUGCAGAGAACGACGCGGCCGAGUUGCAGCGUAUUUCCAGCGAGCAGGCAGUUUUGCAGAAACAUUUGGACGCCAGUCGGAAACAGACGCGUCAACACGGGAUGACGAUACAGGAGUAUCGCAGUAAACAACAGCAAAGGCAGCCACAGCCCCAGACGAACGAGCCGUGCUCGCCGUUGAUGUCCCCGUCGCAGCACUCGUCGCCCAUGCACAGUCCUGCAGCGCUGGUGUCCCAUAGUCCAGGACCAGGAAGCGUUCCCUCGAACAUGAUCCAACACUCCCCCGCCACAUCGAUAAUCCAGCAUAGUCCGAAUCCUCCACUGCUGCAGCACAGUCCCAGUAACCCGCAGUCGACCAAUCCAGGCACGAUGUCUCCACACAACAUGCAACCGUCACCGAGAAUCGGCACUCCGCAUUCCCAGGGCGAGGAGAGUCCAUUCAGUCCAGGAGCGAUGCCAUCGCCAGGGAUGUGCGGCCCAACGGCUACAAGGAUGACUUCCCCUCAACACAGAGCCGUAAUAAGCGGAAGACACGCAACUAGUCCAGGUGCGUUUACCUCCGACGGCCGAGCGACGCAGCAGAUCAUCGUCGAGCAAGGCUCGAGGCUCCACAAUUUGGCACAACGCUUUGUGCGCCCUCCAGCUGUUGGUGAACCUGGACAGAGGCCUAGGAUGCAGCUGCAGAGUGGGAUCGUUUACGGGCAGCGCUCCCCACUUGGUAGCCCUCAGCCUGCCCAACAACCGAUGCUGACGCAGCAGCAGCACCAGCAGAUGCUCCAGCGACAGCAGAUCAUACAACAGCAGCACGAGGUAGGCGGGAUAUCCCAAGAGGGGCAGAUUAUAACUCAAAGGACGCUGCAGAUGGUGCAGCAGAGGCAGCAACUGCUUCAGCAGCAACAGCAGCAAAUAGUGCAACAACAGCGCCAGCAGUUCCUGCAGAUGCAGCAACAACAGCAGCAGCAUAUGAUGCAGAAGCCGCCGAGCUCGCCGAUGGUCUCGCAGCCGGCGAACUCGCCGAGUCCCCAGCUCCAUCAGCCCAUCCAACAGAACUAUGGGCAGCCUCCGAGCUCCCCCAUGCCCCGGAGCCCCAUGGUUCAACAAACCAUGGGCUCGCCGAUGCUGCAGCAACAACUUAAUCAAACGUCACAACCUCCCAGUCCUAUGGGUGCCAGGAUCCACUCACACCCGCCGAACUCCCCGAUGGUCUCGCAGUACCAACCAUCGAGUCCCAUGUCUCGGAGUCAUCUCUCGACGUCACCGAUGCUGCAGCAUCAGCUGAACAGCACCCACCAUCCGCCUCCGUCCCAGACUCCAAAUUCACCGAUGCCUCGUAGUCCAAUGGUAGGCGGUUCGCCGAUGCAGAUGCCGAGAAGACAGUCGAGUGGUAACAGUCCAGCAAUGCCGGACAGACCGCAAAGUGUGGAGAAUCCGGGAACACCGAGGACACCACACACACCACAUACCCCACACACGCCGCAUACGCCGUAUAGUACCCAAGGGACGAACAAUCAUCCCACAGGAAACGAUCAACAUCAGCAGCAACAGCAUCAUCAAGCUCAGCAGCAGCAGCAGCAGCAGCAGCAGCAGCAGCAACAACAGCAGCAGCAGCAGCAGCAACAACAACAGCAGGAACAAAACAACUCAUCGGAUCUUCCCAGUAGAGGGGGAGGAAACCCACACAAUCCGAUGAAUCCUUUACCUAUUACCGCUUAUUUCGGUAGAUACGGAUACUUCAAACUAGGUUUGAGAGGAGGAUCACCAAUGUGGUCCAUGAAGGCAGAAUCCAGCAAAGGGAAGACUGCCGAGACGCAUCUGCCCAACGUCGAGGAGAAGCCAAAUACCUCCACCGUGGUGCACAGGAAAACCGGAAUUUCGCAGUCGAAGAUCAACUCUCUCGUUUGUGCGGAUUAUAAUGAUUUCGAUGACGAUUCGCACACACCACCGCAGACGCCACCUACGGAAGUGGAGCCGAAGCCUACCUCGUCGCUUGCUGACAAUCCACCGUUGACUGUUGGAAGUCCCGGCGAUAAACUUGAUCAAAUCCCUGAUACUACGGACUAUGACGAUGAUAAAACUAUCGUCAACACGGAAGUGACCCUGAGUUCCACGGCGCAACGCGAUAGCGAUGAUAUCACGGUAAUGGAACAGUUUGGCGAAUCCGAACUCGUGGAUGUUAUUUCGGGUACUCUGGAAGCGGACAUGCAGGAGGAGUACAUCCUGUUCGAGCCGGCCAUGGUCGUGGACCUUUCCGUCGAUAGCAACGACUCGCUCAACAACGCGUUGGUCAACGACAACAAUCAGGAUCACGACCUGGUGCAGAUACUAGAAAUCGAGCAUGCUGCUGGGCCAACGGACGAACCGGGGCUGAGCGACGAAGACUUGCUGCCAGCUCAGAACAGGAAUAAAAAGGGCCUUAGGUUAGACAUAAUGCAAACGUUACAGGCGGGGAAGAGAUUGGUAGCCGUCACGGAUACCCCCGAGUCGCCGGAUCAGGAGGAGCUGAAUAUCGAUCCUUCCCCAGGACCUUUCAUCGGCCACUCCCCGGAUCAGGACCUCAUGGUGUCCCCGGUAGAGGACUCCGAGGUGCUCAUCAUCGAUUCGGGAACGAAAUCGCCGGAAGAUCAGCCGGUGAAGGAAUCGGGCAAGGAAGAGGUCGAAAAGAACGACAACAAUGCCGUAGCGGAAACGAGUAAGGAGAGCAAACGCCCGGAUUCGCCGGAUAAAUCUAAAGUACAGACGGAACCGCAGGAGCCGAAGGAAGAGCACAGAGAUAAGAAGACCUUGGCUGCGUUUACAUAUCCUGAGAAAGUGCCUCAUAACCAAAUGCCUCCUUCUAGCUGGCACCAGGCUAAUAUCGGAGUGCCCGGAGUCACCAGACCAGCCGUUUCGUAUCCCACCAUCUCUACUUGUGCGCCUGCUUCCAUUCCUAUUGUUAACCCUUCUACGGUAUCCAGCACCAUCGCGAAGACUCCUGCUGCGUUCUCCACUUCGAAUGCAACGAAAGAGACGACGCCGAGCCCGGUCGUCGAGAAUUCAAGGCAAACUUCGCUACCUUUGACCAUGGCUAGCAUUGUUGCGGACGCGAAAAUCGCAGCAAAGCUCAGCCAAAAAGCGGUAGAGGUUAUUGCUGUGAGUUCCGGGAAGCCGGCGAGUGUCCCGACGAUGAUGAUGACGAUGGUGACGACGACUGGAAUGGUGGCUAACGUGGAGACCGUCACUUCGACGGCUCGUUGCAUCGUAUCCACGCAACCGUCAAGGUGUUUGGAGAACGUAGCAAAGGUGUCCGGAGAUGCCGUUGAUGGGUGCCCUGAAACUGUCCAGGUGACGCAAACGGAGACCGUGAUCACCGCGAUCGUCCCGGCGAAAUUGGCAACUAACGUGCAACCGACUUCUGUUACCUUGUCUACUCCAAAAAUGUCCUUGCUUGACGUAGGUAACGCGGAUAAAAAGGCAACGGGAGUAGAGGCAGUCGUCAAGAAGGAUAAGAAGGACAUGGUAGGUGAAAAUGAUGUUAAGAGCGAAGAAAAGAAGGAAGAACAAGGGUCGCAGAAAGAGGUCUCCGUGGAAUCGAAGAGCUUGAUUCGUGAUGCGACUCCGGCCCUAGAUAGUGCAACGGAAGAAAAGAAGACUGACCAAUUGAAUACUACGGAUGAGCUGGAGAGUAUGUUGGAGGCGAUCCAUAAUCCCGCUGAAAAUGUUUCGAAUGGGGAGAAGAAAGCGUCUUCUGAGGCAAAGACCGAGGUUACUACCCUGAAGAGGAUGUCACCAGUCGAGGACGAAUUGUCUUUGGUGAACAUCUUGGAGAACGACACGGAGCCCGUUGCGACGAAUGAUGGCAAAAGCGAAGGUCGCGCUGGAUGUGCAACCUCGUCUUCUGGUCAAGUGUCGGUAAAGACGAAGGAGUCAGAAUCCGUUGCGACUUCUGUGGAACCUGAAGAGCCGAAGGCAGUGGUCAACGUCGUCAACGAGAAGCACGAGGACGUUGCACCAGGUCAGAUCGAGACUAACGAAAUGUUCCCUCAACAGGAUGUCAACGAUGAGAAGAAUCUGAUCCAGGAAUCGUCCGACGAUAUCCUGGACAUGCUCCAGAACAUCAUAUCUUCGAAGCCUGAGAUGGCGAACAGAGAAAUCUUUCAAGAAGACCGGUCGAGAAAGUCCAGCUUGAUAUAUCAAUUGCCAACCCCACUGGACACUCUGCCGCUGAACAUUCUGCAGGAUUCGUUGAUGGAACUGGAGCAGGGACAUUUGGAGAACGACCAUCAACCUCAAAACGAAGGACACGCAAGACCCAGGAAAACGAGUUCGUCACCCACGGAGCCGACCCUAACCACGACCACCGUAGCGACAACGACCUCGGUAACGACUACCAUGGUGAUGGCAACCACGAGGAGAAGUCCUCCAACCUCUCAACACAUGACUCCAAUCGCAGUCAGCACGGUAGCUCAGCUGCAGAAGAAUGCAACAACCGUUCCCCACCUAUCACCCUUAUCAAAGCCCACGGAACUGACAUCAAACGUAGUCAACGUUUCCCACCAAUUGAGGACCCUGCUCUCCUCUCUGCAGACCAACCACGCCCAAAACUACACAACAGCCAAUCAGACCAUCCUGGAGAACACAAUUUCAUCGGUGAUAACGACUCCGAAAACCUUGAACACGAUAACCACAAGCAGCAGUACGAACCUUCCAAAUUCGUCGACAAGCGGUUCGUCCUUCAAGUUGCAGAUCUGCACGACCGCCUCGUCUGCAACGGUUAACAGUAAGAAUAGUAGCAGCAAUGAGGUGGAAACAAGCAACUAUAUUUCACAGUCGAAAGAGCCCACGACCAGCUCGACGGUGAGCGUGAUCGCAGCACUGUGCAAAUCCACGGCGUCGGACUUGUUCCCGAAAUUGACUAUGAGCGCGAGUUUGUCAGGUGACUCGAGCCUGCAGAGCUCGGUCAUGAUGGCCUCCAGACCAGUCAAUUCCGGGAUCUCUAUCACGUCCAAUGCCAUGUUAAAUGCCAUGCUAGCUGGCACGAGCUCCGCGAAACCAAGCAUGGCCGGACUCCGCGCCAGCACCGUCCUCACCCAGACCAGCAACUUGCUGAGUUCGGUUAUGUCGUCCUCGGCGGUCCAGCGAACUCAGAGCUUGCAGGCCAUGCUGCAGGUAACAUCCAGCACCUCGACAGUGCCUUCUAGAUCGGUCUCCAAUUCAACAUCCGGGGCGAUGCAGUGCGUCAGGACGAUCGUCCCGCCGAUGGUUACCACCAUCGGCAGCACGGUGAACGUUACCACCAGCAUCCUGCAGUCUACUCUGUCGCAAGCCUCGUCGCAUCUGCACUCUCAGCUGACCUCGGGUCAGCCUCCGUACAAGUCCACCGCCCUGCUGCCCAUAGACAACAAGUUCAACAACCUGGAGAGCCUGGUACAGGGCUCGGCCUCGAAGAAGGACGUGACCGACGAGCUGGCUGCAAAGCUGCAAUCCGUCGUGGACAAGGGCGCGCCAGGAAGGACGGACUUGGACCCUGGGAAAACGGUAGCCAGUGUCCACAGGAUGGAGGAGAGUCAGAACGUGUUGCUGAAGCAACUUUUGCAGAACACAGCGUGCGCUACCACGUUAUCGUCGGGUACCAGUCAGACCACCGGCUUGCCUUUGGUUCCUUCCCUGGAAGCUCAGCUGGCGAGGCCCGUUCCACCUGCGCCUUCGUUCCUGCUGCCACCUUUGGCUAACGAGACACCUUCCACUAAGGUAGCCGCCACCAAGCAGGUCUUCGCCAGGGAAACGUCGUUUGUCUCGCACUCUGUGACUUCACUGAAACUGCAGACCACCUCGACCAAGGAGGAGAGCCCAAAAACGGCGGUGUCCACGUCUUCGGUCGCUCUGCAACCUCAGCAACGGGCGGUAGAGACCUUCCCCAAACAGCAGACACCUAUCCAACAGCAACCGAAGGUCACUUCCGUGAUGACUCAGGGUAACCAGCACAGUUGCCACUCGUCGAUGAUGAAGCAAACCUCACCGAUCGCUUCGACGGUGACCACGUCCGAAGGACAGGGGCCUCAUCAGGAUGUUUCGGUCUCCCAGACUCAGACCAAGAGCGUCAGCGAUGUCAUCAACACCGUUUCUACUCAGGCUAGGGUGUCGACGCCGGUAACGAUGUCUAGGCUCAUCACCCAGGUGAAACCUACCGUUGCAGGUGCAGGUCCUAAAAUCGUGCAGGGUCCUGGGCCUGCUACCAAUAGUCAUGGCAAGGUCGUGCAGACUUCGCAGCCAUCUGUAACCACGACUGCUAACCAAGGUCAGCCGCAGACUCCGCCUUUGACCGUGGUCCAGCAAAAGCCUCUUGUCGCUCAACAGCCCCAGCAACAGUCGCAAACGCAACCGCAGUCGCAGCUGCAGCAACAGCAACAACACCAACCGCAACAGCAGCAUCAGCCUCAACAUCAGCCGUCUCAGCAGAAGCAACAGCAACAACAAACGGCGCACGUUAACUCGAUCCAACAACCGACAGUGCCUCAAACAAUGACCCUGUCCCUGAGUCAUCAGACUCAGUUGCCGCAGGGUGCAAUCGCGCAACACACAGUGCCUUUAGUGGAAGUCAAAAAGGAAGUUCUCGACGAGGUCCUUGCCGGCGGUCCUUCUACUCAGAUUAACGAUACCAAAGACUUUCUUACUGCCAAAGAGGAGCUUAUGGAUGUUACCAUUGAUGAAAAAACUGAUCUCAAGAAAUUAAAGCGACGCCAGUACCAACAGAAGCGAAGACAAAGUCAGGGCAAAGACGCGGCGGCGGCGCCGCAAAAGAAGCGCUCCCGGAAGGUCUCCCGGUUGGACGAGGACUACGACACCUUCAUCGACAACCUGAUGACACAGCUUAGACAACUGCAGCCGAUGGCGGUCCUGGAACCGCUGCUGGGAAGGAACUACGGCGUCUGUCCGAUUUUCGGGUCCGGCGAUAUGUCGAAAAUCGGUAAUCAGAAGGACUACAACACCAGGAUGGGCGAUCUUACGGGCACUUACGGCGCCGCUACGCUUCCGGGAGUCGCCGAUCAUUACAACACGCAACCCUUUGGGGAAUUGGAGCCUCUACCUCCGCAACAACCUGCCUCCACUCAGAGAGGGUUCUACGAUCAAGAGUUUGCCCCCCUCAAAUUCGACGACUCCGACGAGAAGAAGGAGAACUCGAUGUUGAUGAGUCGGGAGGUCGACACACCCGACACUAUCGUCAGCUCUUCAUCACCUGAAUGCGUGAUUCCGGAAUUCGUCCACCGGUUCCCAGGAUUGAGACUCAUCGAAGAGGAGUCCGACGAGGAAGCGGACUGGUUGAAGAGGGUUUCCCCGGUUAUUCCGCUUGUUUCUCCCAUCCCAAUUAGACUGAAGCCAGGCCACGUGAAGGAUACCGGGAAGCAGGACAAAGAGAACGUUGGAGUGUCAAGACUGGGAAAGUCUUCACCCGUACCGCUGCGUGACAACGGAAACGUCACCGUGACGUUAACGUUGAACAGCCAAGCUGCAGAUAACAUCAUGGGAGUGCUGAAGGAUUUAGCCAACAUAUUAAAUAUAGCACCACCGACUGGUUAUCAGAUCGUAGAGCGCACUACCACGCCACCUAGUCAAAAGUUAGGACUUUAUAGGACGAAAGGAAAAGACGGGAAGGAAGGAGCUCCGAUAGACAUUCAAAGUAUACUGAAUGGUGCGGCCAAAUUCUGCCGGCAUUGCGAGGUCGUGAUAUUGAACAGCCUGAUAAGGAAGAAGGUGUCCGACUUGCCGUUCCUGAGCAAAGAGGAGGCAGAACCUGGCGAUGAGUUAUGCUUCUGUUCGGCGGCUUGUUACAUGCAGUUUGCGCUGAUUCACAGGACACCUACGAGUAACCAAGAAAAGCAGGCAGCCAUGAUCGUGGACCACCUCUGCCAGAAAGCCGAAGCCAAGUUAGCGGAGGACGACGCGAAGAAGAUGCAGGAGCAGAAGUUCUCGAUAAAGGAGCCUGUAGAGCAAAUCGAUGACGAGAGCAUGGACAUCGAUCGGGUGAACGGGAGCAUCGAAAAGAAAAUCAAGAUCGAGAGAGAGGACGACGAAAUUCAGGAGCGGGAUCCCAAGGAGUCCUUGCUGGACGAGAAGCGACCGAAGAAGCACCCGGCCAGCGAGGAACCUUCUUGUGAAAUGAACGAACCUCCUCCACCGGCUAAGGUGUGGCGAGGAUUGAGGUAUAAGAGCUGGUCCCUUGGGGUGAUCCAUCCUGCUACCAAGUACAAAAAGCCGACAGACCGAGAGGUCACUGAGAUGCUCUUCCGAAUGGGCAUUACGGUGAUUCCUGCAAAAACCGAUGACAGUCGGCGAUGUAUGUUUUGCCAAGGCCAAGGUGAUGCAGCUGCCGAUGGCCCGGCGAGACUUUUGAACUUCGACGUAGAUAAAUGGGUCCACUUGAAUUGCGCCCUCUGGUCGAAAGACGUGUACGAGGCAGUCAACGGAGCUCUGAUGAAUCUGGAUAUCGCUCUUCAACACAGUCUGGUGUUGAAUUGCAUCGUUUGCGAGAAGCCAGGCGCUACCGUCGAGUGCUUUAAGAUGCGAUGCACCAACGUGUACCAUCUCGGUUGCGCCGUAAAGGACGGUUGCGUAUUUAACAAAGACAAGAGCACAUACUGCCCCCAGCACAUCCAGAAGAACGACAAGGACAAGGAGUUGACGACGUUGUCGGUGUAUCGCCGCGUGUACGUGAACCGCGACGAGAACCGCCAGGUGGCGGCGGUGAUGCACCACUCGGAGCACAACCACCUUCUCCGAGUGGGAAGUCUGAUCUUCCUGAGCGUGGGUCAGCUGUUGCCGCACCAAUUGGCCAACUUCCACACGCCGAACUACAUCUACCCGGUGGGCUACAAGAUCGUGAGGUUCUACUGGAGCAUGAGACGGCCUAACAAGCGCUGCCGAUACGUGUGCUCGAUCCACGACGUGUCUGGCCGGCCAGAAUUUCGAGUCCUCGUCCAGGAACCCUCUCAGGAGGACGUCGAGCUGCGCGACGCCACCCCUCGGGCGGUCUGGACGCGAAUUUUGGAGCCUCUGGCGGAGCUGAGAAGGUCGACGCACAGCGUCCAGCUGUUCCCUCGCUACGUAACCGGCGAGGACCUCUUCGGCCUCACCGAGCCCGCCGUCGUCCGCGUACUCGAGAGUCUGCCAGGCAUCGAGACCCUUACCGAUUACAGAUUCAAAUACGGACGAAAUCCUCUGCUGGAGCUGCCUCUCGCCAUUAAUCCUACGGGUAGUGCGAGGACGGAAGCCAGGCUGAGGAACCAGUUGCCCUGGAAGAGGCCGCAUACCCAGCGCACUGGUUCAUCAGCUAGAGCCGCCUUCGUACCUACCGCGACGGUCGCCGGAGAGGCGGCCUGUCCUUACUCCAAGCAGUUCGUCCACUCCAAGAGCUCCCAAUACAAAAAGAUGAAACAGGAGUGGCGCAACAAUGUCUAUCUUGCCAGGUCCAAGAUCCAGGGCCUGGGCCUGUAUGCCGCCCGCGACCUGGACAAGCACACCAUGGUCAUCGAGUACAUCGGAGAGAUCAUCAGAACCGAACUCGCCGAGACUAGGGAAAAGCAGUACGAGGCUAGGAAUCGCGGUAUUUAUAUGUUCCGCUUGGAUGAGGAAAGGGUGGUGGAUGCGACGUUAUGCGGCGGCCUGGCUCGUUACAUUAAUCACUCAUGCAAUCCGAAUUGCGUCGCCGAAAUUGUCGAAGUUGAACGCGACCUUCGGAUCAUCAUCUUUGCUAAGAGAAAAAUCUCUCGAGGCGAAGAGCUCGCAUAUGACUACAAAUUCGACAUCGAGGACGACCAGCACAAGAUAGCAUGCGCGUGUGGCGCGCCUAACUGCCGCAAGUGGAUGAACUAAAAAGCUUCAUCCACCGUUGUUAUUGUUGCUACGUUAUUGGGUAGGUUUUACACGAAAGAAGAAAAGUAUAUAUAUAUAUAUAUAUAUAUAUGUAUAUAUAAAUAUAUACACAUAUAUAUACAUAAAUGAUAGACAUAUUAUUUAAAUUGUAAAGUGCCAUUGCUGUUCGACUAAUCGAUUUAUAGUGAAGUUGGUGCUACGCCAUCACGACAUUCCUCCAAAGUUGUACAAUAUUAGAUUUACUUUAUUUUACCAGCCAGAUGCGCGGACCGGUUGUAUAUUACCGUGAGACACACUUUAGGGAUACGGUGAGACACGUGACACGGAAAGAAAUUAGUAGAAAUCGUAUUCUAUGUAUACAAGAAAUUUAUAUCUUUGUACGUUGAGCGGAGUCAACGUCGAUUGACUAUAUUGUAAUAUAGAGCUUUUAUUAAUUAUUGUGUAUACAUUGCACCGUAAUCUGUAAAUAAGUAGAAGUUCAUGUUAUUUUGAGCCACCCGGAAGUUUAUGUAAAGUAACGGUAUCUUAUUUAGAAUUAUAUACAACUAUGACUAUUUGAGUAUAUACUAUUGGAUAUACAAUAAUAAAUCGCUACGAGAUCUUGA